GUCAUGUGGCGGACAGCGAUCGUGCCCGUCUAGCUAUACCCAGUUUCAGAAACAUAUACCCAUAUCCAUCCCACUUUAAACCCGUACCACCCUGGAAAAGGAACAUUCAAUGCGUGUUUUGAAAGAUGUGUGAAAAGGUUUUGAGAACGAGGUGUUGAACUCCGCUCGUGGAGUAUGUCAGCUCUCAUGCACACUCGGGAAAAAGGCUAAUGUUUUGAUCUCAGUGCAAGGGAUGCUGCAUCGCCCCGCCUCGAAGGAUUCUCGGCAGGCUGGAGGCGAAGUUUUACCCUCGACAUCAACUGAUUGCCUGCCUCCUUUGGCAUCCAGAUCACGUCUUCAUGAUUGCAUGUCGUCUGCAACAUCCGCUACGUUAAAGAAUUGCAGAAAAAUGGUAUGACGAGAGAGAUAGAUAGAGAGAAAGAGAAGGAGAGAGAGAGAGAAAGAAGGAGAGAGGAAGAGACAGAGAGCGAGAGAGGGUAAGAUUCUCGGUGAUUACUGGUGGAAAAUAAAGAGAAAGAGAGAAAAGGAGAGAGUGAAGGAAAGAGGAAGCGAGAGAGAAAAAAAAUAGAUAAGAAAGAGAAAAAUAAGAAUCUCGAUAAUUACUAGUGUGAAAUAAAGAGAAAGAGGAAGAAGGAGAAAGAGAGAAAAGGAGAAAGAGAAGGAAAAGAGAAAGAGCAAAAAAAAAAAAAAAAAGAGUAAAAUAGAUAGUGUAAGAAUCUUGCUAAUCACUAGUGUAAAAUUUUCCUUUGGCGAUUAUUACUCAAGCGGUUUUGCAUCUUGUGACGAGUGAAUGAGGAAUCUCAUUUGCAUAUUAAGAUGAGAUGUACCAUACCAUGUGCGUCUACCGUGUGAUCUACUCCAGUGGCUUUUACAAGUGUCGUGUGUUGCAAUAUUCUGUGCAAUAUUGAAUCUGUCAUUCUAGAAAAAAAGGAGAGAGAAAGAAAUUAAUGAAUAAAUAGAUAGAAAAAUAAUUCUACAUUUUGAAAUUGAAAAAGAAAGAAAGAAAAUUAUUCUACAUUUUGAAAUUGCAAAAAAAAAGAUAAAGAAAAUAAAAAAAAUAUAUAUACCUUUUUUCACAAUAUUCCGAGUGCAUUCAUUCUUAAUCAAUUUAGUGGCUGUAAACUAUGAUUUGCAAAUGAACUCGCCUUCAAUUAAUGAGAUAAGUGAUUAGUGGUUUAAUUGCAUCUUUAACGAGUGCAUUAAUACAUGAUUGAUGGUGGAGAUAGCUUACAAGAACAAAUGCUUGAGUGAUUUAGAAUCUUAACCGAAGAUUGGUAACAUCUCCCCUCCCCCCACCCUCAUUAAAUGCCUUGCAAUCAGUAAUUCGAAAACAAUAAGUCGCUUGACAAUUGAUUUCAACCAAUCACUGAAUCAAUAAAACAAAACAAAAGAACAACAACAAAGAAAAAAAAAAUAAAAAAAGCAAUAUUGAAAAUAAAUAGUAAUAAUUGAUAGAAAGAUAAUAAUAAUUGAAUCGUAAUAACUUCGUUUAUUCUACGAUUGGAAAUUCAUCCCUCGAAUCGGAAAAAUAUGUAAAGUAAACAACAGAAACGUAAACAACUGCUCCCGACGAGAGACACGCGGAAAGCAAACAAUGAAUGUGUGACGUCAUCGCCAGCUGAAAUAAACAAGCGUUCAAAAUGAGUGCACAGAAGAUUAAGAACAAGAAGGCACAGCUGAGGCAGAAACUGGGGGGAGACAGCGCAUCGGCCCGUUUUCUAUUCACCAAGGCCUCGCCAGCAGGGAUAACUUCGCUAAAAGACGCGAAGGCCCUGAAGGCUGAAAAAUGCCAACUUCAGAACGACCUGAUCUCAGGGCUUCCCAAGGGCGAUAAGGCGGCGAAACCGAAGCAGAAUUUAGACAUCAUUUCCAACUGUCCUCCGGGUCUUAUGGACGACUUUGAUGGGAUAGACCACAUCAUCGCAGUUAGCUCGGUGAAGGAGGGAGGCGUAGUGGUGUCACGACCUCCCUUGGUGAGGAGUCGUACCUUGCCAGCCAUAGUCGUGCCAGGAGUCACCGUACUGCAGACCGCGCUCGAUGCAUCCGACCGCAGAGAUGUAGGAACGAGCCCCCAUCAGGUGGUCCCGGCGGAUUCGCCCAUCCGACCCCUCCUCACUGUCACCUCCUUCGACUCGACGACCGGCGACAGAACGAGUCCUGGACGUGUUUCGUGUGGCGACGGGGAGCUCCUCGGUCUGUCCCCGACGUCUGGUUCCCCCGGAGGCUUGAAGGUUCCUGGAGCCGUCGCUGCUACCUCGGGAGGACUCGGCAGGAUCGCUCGGCUGCUCGUGAAGGAUCCCUCGCGCACGGGAGAGGACUCGUUCAGAAGGAGGACGCACUCGUUGGAGAGUAAAAAUGGCGCUCCUCCUCUCCGCCGAGCUGCCAGCAUUGACUCCCUCGUCGACACCUCCUCCUCCAACAACAACAACAACAAGAGUGCCUCAAGUACGAGCUUCAGCACAGCCAAGUCCAACGGGCACUUGAGGUCGUACUUGCCCGUGUCCCCGGCGUUGAUCAAGAGACCGAGCUUCAAGUUUGACAAGUCGGCGGCUGCUUCGUCAGCUUUGUCGACGAUGGAUGACGUUUUGGUGGACGGGCUCAACCUCAGCAAGGCGGACCGCAAAAAACUCGAGAAAAUUAAUAAGAUUAAUAUUCAUCUUCACGCUCUCUUCGCAGCGGUGGAGCACGGGCAGCUGGAAAAAGCCAGGAGCAUCCUCGACCACAACCAGCUAGACAUCAACAGCGUGAACAACGACGGAGCGAAUGUUCUAGACGUUGCCGUGAUGAACAACCACGUCGCUCUUGCAAAGAUGUUGCAGCAAGCAGGCGCAAUGGAGAGCAAUGGAGGAGGCGUGGAGCGGCGCCUGCACCACCUGAACGAACUGGUGGCGGUGGCGGAGCGUCGGCGGGAGGAGCUGAACUCGGCCCUGUCCGGAGGCGCCCACGGCAGGGAGACGGAGAGGCAAAGGGUGCUAUGGGACAGGCGAGUCAAAAUGCUACGGACCAUGAAGAUGGGACUCGAGCAGAUGAAGCCGCCCAACGCGCCCAGUGCCGCCACAGUCGAGGUUAUUGACAGCACAAGAGUAAGAGUCACCUUCAGAGAGCCAGAGUCACAGCACCUCGCCAUUACUACAAAAUUCAAGGUCGAGUGGAGUGUGGACGAGUGGGCGAGCGUGUCCGGCUGCCUCGAGAUCCACGACCUACGCCGCAUGUCCGCCUUCAUCGACGGUCUCGCGCAGGGCCAGAGACACCACUUUCGCGUCCUGGCGGGGAAUAUGAAAGACUACGGGCCCCCUCUGCCCACGACGCCUCCUUCUGCUAUACCGUCGAGCUGGCGCGACGUGGACUCCCGCAAGCCUCGCCUGGACGGCCAAGUCGGGGACCUGGACAAUCUCUUCAACCAGGUGUGCAACUCGCGCCCGCAACACGCCGCCGAAAUCAAGGCCAUCGAACCCGGUCUGGAGACGCCCCUCAACCUCCGGAAGGCGCAGAAGAAGAAGAGCAUCAAGAACCUAUUCACGCCCGCGCCCAAGUUCCAUAGAAAUUUAAAGAGAGGUUCCUAUCUCGCGUGUUUAAUAUACUGCGAGGACAAAGUGCUCGUCACAACUGAAGAAUUUCCUCCGGUCGUGGAAGUCGAUGAUAAUUAUAUGAGCCAGGCGAGAUCCCAUUUUCAUUGGCUUCUGAAGGUUGCGACGACGUGGGAAGAUGUCAAAUCGCUACGACAAGACAUGGAGCGAGCAGGGUCAGCCUCCACCGUGCCCUUUAGAAUUAAGUUACUUCAGGCUGCGGCGAACAUGCAGACGACCCUCGGCAUUCAGGACCUGGGUCAGUUCCACCAUAAGCCGAUCAAGGACAGCAACGGCACCUUAGUCUUCUGCACCAUCCGGCACGUGAAGUCAACCAAGGCCGUCUCUGCCAUGAACGUCAAGUGGAUCCCGUUGGCUAAACUGAAGGAAAAGAAGAUCACAACUUCGGGUAAGAGUUGGGCUUUAAUGCGUUUGUGUUACGGGCAGAUGUGA